AAACAUUCCACGCAGCUCAACUCAACUCAUCCACCGCAGGCUCCAGCUCCAGCUUCAGCUCCCCAUAUACCUCUCUCCUCCUCCUCCCCAAUCAAGCGUCCAGCCAGCAUGAACGGCACCCGGAGAAGCACACGCAGCACAACAGACACAGCACAACAAGAUGAAAACGCACGGCCAACGCGUCUCACACGCGCACGAUCAGCGCAACCUCUUGUUGCUGCAAAGACUAUGCAACAGUCUACCGUCUCUGUACAUGUCGCAGGUACAGCAGCAGACAAAGUGACGCGUAAACGGGCAGCCAUGACGGAUGUCUCGAAUCGGCACAAUGGCGUGGCUUCACAGAGUAGUACAGUGACUGCUGGUACAAGCAAGAAGGCAGGGAUCAAGCAGGUGGUCGCAGUGCAGCGUACAAAGUCUGAACAGCCUGCACAGUCAUCAGCGGUGGAGAAGCGGAAAGCUGCGCGUCUCACUAAACAGUCCACCUCCACCACGUCAAGUUCCAUCACUGAGGAAGAACCACCCUUCAAGCGUGGCAAGUCAGAAGGAGAGCCCACACCUGCUGUUGUCCAGACCUCUUCUACUAUUGCGCCUGCCGUCUUGUCUGAACUGUCAGAGAAUGCUGCUACACUCACAACAAGACCACGCGCUACGUCACCACAACAAGAGCCUGUUCAGCUCUGGGAUGAUUUGGACGCCGAAGACUCAGAUGAUCCCCUUAUGGUCUCUGAAUACGUGAACGAAAUCUUUGAGUACUUGCGUGUCCAAGAAAUCAAGCUCAUGCCAAACCAGCUCUACAUGCAAAAGCAAGAUGAGAUCAAUUGGAAGAUGCGUGGUAUCCUGCUCGACUGGCUGGUCGAGGUGCAUCAGAAAUUCAGAUUGCUCCCCGAGACCUUGUUUUUGGCAGUCAACAUUGUUGAUCGCUUUUUGGGAUUACGCAUGUGUUCAUUGCAGAAGCUACAGUUGGUUGGCAUUACUGCGUUGUUUGUUGCGAGCAAGUACGAGGAAGUCAUGUGUCCCUCUGUGCAAAACUUCAUCUACAUGGCAGAUGGCGGCUACACAGAUGACGACGUACUCAAGGCAGAACAAUAUAUUCUGCAAGUACUCGACUUCAACCUGGCCUACCCAAACCACAUGAACUUUCUACGACGCAUCAGUAAAGCCGACAAUUAUGACAUUCAGGUGCGCACUGUUGCCAAGUACUUACUGGAGGUAUGCAUGCUCGAUCACACAUUCAUGGUCUACCCUCCGUCACUACAAUCCGCAGCAGCCAUGUACCUUUCUCGUGCCAUGCUGGGUCGUGGUGAGUGGGACCACAAUUUGCAUCACUACAGCGGUUAUUCGGAACAGGAAGUCAUGGUUUGCGUACACCAGCUCAUCGAUGCUUUACGCAAACCAGUCAAAUUUGAGGCCUUGUUCAAGAAGUAUGCGAGCAAGAAGUUCAUCAAGGCCAGUUUGUACGUACGAGACUGGUGCAAGAAGCAACACAACGUGGAUCCGAUCUUUGACAAAGGCGGUGAUGCGAAAUACCUGGUCGAGAAUGAUUAUGAGUAAAGGCUGCCUUUUGUCUUUUCUGGACCCACCCUGUACGUCAACACCUCAUUUGGAUGCUUUGGACUGCAUCCAUCACACCAUCUU